AUGGCAGCCUUUGCAGCACUGGGCCAGCUUCAGGCACUGAACCCGUAUACACUGUGUGCAGCCCCCGUCAUUUACGCGCUCGCCGUCAUCAUCUACCGGAUAUGGUUCCACCCUCUCGCAAAGUAUCCAGGACCAUUCCUCGCCAAAUUCACCGACAUAUACCCCAUGGUGGUGGCGUUCAAGAUGACGCGACUCUACUGGCAGUAUGACAUGAUCCAGCAGUACGGGAGUCCCGUACGAGUCGCCACCAACCAGCUCUUCUUCGCCGACAUGAAGUCGUGGGUCGAUAUCUACGGGCAGAGCUCGAGCCCGUGCUUGAAGGAACCUAAUUUCUAUGACCCCUUUACGGCCACCGGCGCCAACAGCGUCUUCAACGAAAAGGACAAGACCGCGCACGCCCGUGUUCGUCGUUUGCUGUCCCAUGCGUUCUCCCUGAAUGCGUUACUCAAGGACGAGCCGUUCGUCCAGCACAAGGUCGAGACGCUCGACGAGACGGUGUUCAGGCCCAACGUAGGCCGGACAGUUGACAUCUUCGGGAAGAUGAUGUGUCACUUUCUCGACAUCUCGAGCUAUUUCAGUUUCGGAACCUCUUUCAAUUCCGUGUCCGGCCAGGGAGCCAUCAGCCAUCGAGACAUGGACUGCUUUUUCGUCACGAUCCCCGUCCAAGCUUUCAUCCCAUGGCUCAGAUACGUGCCGAUCCCCAGAAUCCAAAAGGCCUACGGUCAGCUCGACAACUUCGUCAAGUUCGUCCAAAAGAGCGUGCGAGACUUCCAGCUGCAAAUCGAGAAAGAGGGCGACGGCUUUGCCAAGGGCACAUUUCUGCGCAACCUCAUCGAUGCCCGCGACGAGGAGACCAAAAGCAAGUUGACCUUCGAAGAGUUGGUAGAGAAUACCAUCAUUUUCCUGUUGGCCGGCAGCGAUACCACCGCCAUCACGUCGAUCUAUCUGAUGUGGGAGUGCGGCAAGAGGCCCGAGGUGAAGAAAAGGCUCAUGGACGAAAUCCGCUCGGCGUUCCCGGAUUCAGGCAAGAUGCCAACCUACGAAGAGGCUGCGAAAUUGUCGUAUCUCAACGCUUGCAUUGACGAAACCCUAAGACUGUGGGGUCCCUUCAACGUCGGCUUCCCACGAGUGUCACCGGGCAAACAAAUCGGCGAGCACUUCGUGCCCAAGGGUGUCAAUGUGGCGACCGUCUCCUACGCGACUCACCGCGACCCCAAGAUCUUUCCUGACCCGCUGCAGUUUGUCCCUGAGCGAUGGCUAACUUCCACCCCGGACAUGAGGGCCAUGUGGAAGCCUUUCGGCCACGGGCCGCGCAAUUGCAUCGGGAAACAUCUGGCCGAUAUUGGCAUGCACCUGACCCUUACGAGGCUGUAUCAGCUGUAUGAUAUCGAGACCGAUCCGAGCAUGACGGAGCAGAUGAUGCGGCAGAAGGACAGGGGGGCUGCGGGACCGUGGGACGCGAAGUUCUUGGUCAGAUUCACCCCAGCCAAGCGAAGUGAAGAGUAG